GGGCGAUCGGGGCAGGCUCUUCGUCGUGCCUCGCCUCGUCUGCCCCGCCUGCGCGUCGAGGGAGGGGCCAGCGACACAUGGCCUAGUACCCGUCCGGCCGCGGCGCUGGCUUAAGCCAUGGCUGAGAGUAGCCGGGUUCCUCAGGCCCGGGCGCUCCUGCAGCAGUGCCUGCACGCCCGGCUGCAAAUUCGUCCAGCUGAUGGGGACGCCGCGGCCCAGUGGGUGGAGGUCCAAAGAGGACUGGUGAUCUACGUGUGCUUUUUCAAGGGAGCUGAUAAAGAACUUCUUCCCAAAAUGGUUAAUACACUGUUAAAUGUGAAAUUAAGUGAGACAGAAAAUGGCAAGCAUGUCUCUAUAUUGGAUCUACCUGGCAACAUUCUUAUUAUCCCUCAAGCUACCCUUGGAGGAAGACUAAAAGGAAGAAACAUGCAAUAUCACUCUAACUCUGGAAAAGAAGAAGGGUUUGAACUUUACUCUCAAUUUGUGACUCUAUGUGAAAAGGAGGUAGCUGCUAAUAGCAAGUGUGCUGAAGCUGGGGUUGUAGUGGAACAUGGCAUUUACGGGAACAGGCAGGUGUUAAAACUGGACACCAACGGACCAUUCACACACUUAAUUGAGUUUUGAAAAUGAAAAACUACUUUCUAUAGCUGUUUUCUGGUAUGAAAUGAUCUAAAGUAUAAUUAGAUUUUCUUCCCCUUCAUCUUGAAUAUACUAAUCUUCAGUAUUUCUAGACAAGAAAAUCUUGGGUUUCAUAUAUAACUCUGCACCUGCUAAUUGGAUGACUUUGCCAAGUCACCUAAACUCUGGAUCUCAGUCACCUUUUGUCCUACAUUCCUCUACCCUUCUACUUGAAAAUUUGAAAUAUGCUGUCUAUUCACUUCAUAGUCAUUAAGGAAAUGUUCGUAAUUGAUUUUUUGUUUUUGUUUUUUUUUUGAGACGGAGUCUCGC